AUGGCAGAGCACCAGCGAAGUGCACAACGUUAUCCGUAUCCUAUGAACAAGCGCGCAAAACAAGCUUGCGAAAAUUGUCGUCGCAAGAAAUCAAAAUGCACGGGAGAGAGACCUAAUUGUUCCUGCUGUGCGCGACUACAACAACGAUAUGCGCAUCUACCUGACGUAGUCAUAGCAGAGGGUAUUGCGCUCUAUUUCUCAAACUUCUGCAACCAACCGUGUCCCAUCUUGGCCUACGCUAAAUCUCUUGAAUCUGGCGAAGAUGGCCAGUUGCAACCCAUCAUUCUGUAUGCUAUGCUAGCUCUCAGCUUACGGUCAUCGCGACAUCCGUUCUUCAGGGAUCAACUUGAAAGAACACACUGUACAGAUAAGCUGACAAAGCUCUCCUGGGGUCUUAUCGCCAAAGCAUACUGUAAUGGUGAAAUAGAUGAUGUGUAUUUCGAGGCACUUUGCUUGCAGGCCCAAGUGGAUCUAGGAGACGGGAGGCUUGAGAGAGCGCGAGCUCAGGUUGCUAUUGGCUUGCGAGUCGCCCAAACCCGUGAUAUGCUUGGAAUUAAUUCGCUUGAUGGUCUAGGGCUAGCCCAUCGAGCUCGUAGGCAAGAGAUAGUAUGGUCUUUGUUCAUGCUAGACAGGAUGCUUCUUGGCGGGAACACGACAAAUCCGUCAACUCCAACUGCAAUCUUCGAGCUUCCUGUCAUCCAGAGCGGCCCUUCCCAUCCAGACCUUCCUUCUCAGACCUGCGAGCCUGACAUCUCGUUGGGCUCUAUAGAUUCAGGCGCGCCACUUCCACCACAGAAUGUUGCUUGUCUACAGAUACAAACCAUCCGAAUCUGGGAGUGCAUUAUAGACUAUAUCGCUCAACCACCUUCGAGCACUGAUGUCCCUCUCUGGAGGCACGAUUCGCUAAGGGCCCCAAUCCUUACAAAGCUAUUAGACAUUGAGACAAGAUGUGAGAUCGCAGGUCAUGUUCUAUCAUCCGUCGGAUCGCCUGCCCGUGUGCUACAUGAACCAGCAUUGACGAAUUACUUCGUCAUAUGGUUGCGGUUCCAGCUGAGUUUGUCUGCGUUUAACUGCAUCUUAAAUCACCCUUUCAUAAUCCACGUUAAAACCGCGCCACUCAAGCAUAGGAUUCCACUCACCUUCUUGCAGAAAUCUUACGAGUUCUCUUUAAUUCAUGCCAAUUGGGUAUUCAGACUGCUCAAUCACAUGGAAGAAGCCAAAUUGAUGCUGCACGACCCCUUCCUCGGUCACCUUGUCGCAAUCGCGGCUUCAGUCCACCUAGAGCAUACUAGGAGCCAGUAUCCCACAGUGGCCGGAUCUGCAAAGCAAAAAUUCAACCAGUGCUUUCAAUUUGUGAAAAGGCUUUCAAAAGAAUGGCCGCGCAUGCACGCUGUUGUAUGUAUCGAACUUGGUUUCGCGGAUGCACACGCAAGCUGA